AUGAACGCAUUCAACAGUGCUUGCUCUUUGCCAAUCCACACUGCCUCAUCCCAGAUCUCCAUUGUAGACGGCACCUUUCCCGGCUUCACCACCAUCUCGGCGUCGGUACAGCAGCUCCUAGCUGGUCUCUGGUUUCUGAAUACACAGAAAGUUCCCUUUAAUGUUUUUGCUUUUUCUCACUCGCCCCUUUCGCCCCUCUCACGCCUCUCGCCGCUCUCGCCUCUAUCGCCACAUAUUAAUGACCUUGAGGCCCCUACAGACUUAAAUAUAGAUGGCUCGAUAGGGCACGGGUUGAAUAAUCCCACUCCCAAACUCUAUUUCUCCCUCAAAACCAGCUAUCACCCAAGUCCCCAGCAUCCACAUCCAAUCGAUUAA